AUGGCUGACCCUUCACCAUCCUCUGACAACAUCCCCUCGUCCACUUCCAUCUCGAUCGGUGCGACUUCAACUACAUCCUCAACGCCCGCUUCGACCUCAUCAGACACCAUCAGUACCAGCUCGUCCAGCUCCACGGGUCCUUCAACGACUAGAUCGACAUCGUCCUCGACUAGUGUAAGUUCGUCCUCGACACCAGCAUCAACCACAUCGAGCACAUCCUCGCCCGUCUCCACUUCAUCGACGACUUCCAGCUCCACUUCAAGCACUACCAGCUCGAGCUCCACCACUUCUAGCACAUCGUCUAGCACCUCGUCCAGCACCUCGUCCACCUCGAGCUCCACUUCCACCUCGUCCUCGACCACCGACACACCUACCUCGUCAAGUACAAGCACAACACCCACCUCAACACCAACCUCCAGCUCAGCGAUUCUGACAUCUUCUCCCUCCUCGCCCACUUCGUCCGAACCACCAUCUUCCUUCUCGUCCUCCGAUCCCCCAUCUGCUACGCGUCCAACCGAAACACCGAGCAGCACCGUAUCCACCUCGACUUCGUUGACACCCUCGGUCAUCACCACCCAGACCUCGCUCACCACCGUCACCUUACCCAAUGGUCAGACUUCCACUUCGACCGCCUUUGCCGUCACCACCGCCAACGGCCAAUUGAGCGGUGGCAGCAGCGGCAGCGGUAGCGACAACGGAUUUUUUAACAACUCGAGUGCUGUCGGCGGUACGUUUGCUGCCGUCGGUUUGGUGUGCGUCGCCCUCGUCGCUGCUGUGUUCUACAUGCUUUGGAGGCGCAGAAAAGCGCAGAGGAUGGAUGCCGACGUGGUCGCCGCCGCCUCUGCUGCUGCGGCGACCAAGAGGACACCCUUCGAUGAUGAUGAUCCGGAAAUGAUGGAGGACCCUAGCUACGGCACGGACGCCGCGGGUCUCGGUGGAGCAGCUGCAGGCGCAGGAGCGUACGGCGCGUCUAAUGCGAUGAUGCAGCAGUACUACAACAACUAUGGUCCCUCCACCGAAGGAUACGAGCCGAGCCACAUGUCGGGUGGAACUGCGCCCGGAUACGCCGGCAUGGGUGCCUACGGUCCCAUGGCUGCUGGCGCUGCUGCAGGCGGUGCUGCUGGUUACUACGCCGGUGGUGCCGGUACUGACGGCUCGCACUACUACGAGAGCGUCCCCGCUGGCCUCAGCAGCGAAGGCGCCUAUGCCGGUAUGGGCUCGAUGGGGCACGACCCCAAUGGCUACAGCCACGGCCACGAGGACCCCUACGCCGCCGGCAGCGGCGGUCACGGAUACAGCCAAACGGGGGCACCGCAGCUCAACUGGGCCCCUGGCGCCUCUCCUCCCUUGGAACAGGAUGUCUACGGCGGCGCCCAUGCCGCUCAGGGCCACCCUACCGGUGCGGGAGGCAACAACGUCUUUGCCGACCCAAGCAACAGCAGCAACGAGACCGACGGCAGGAUCGACAUGACCGCUCACGAAGCGGGGUCCUCGGUCAGUCUGAGGGAUGACCAGGACUACGGUCGUCGUUUGGCGGUUCGAAAUGGCGAGCAGUGA